CGAGAACAAACCCGGAAACUGCACAGGAGGACAAACAGCCACAGAGAAUUACACGUCGACUGUGAAUCAAAACAUCAUGAAUGUUUCUGAAAUGAUAUUUAACUUACACAUUUUCAGUUUGUAAGAGAUUUCAGCUUCGCGAAGUUGUUUAGCAUUCAUCUGACGUUCUUCUAUCGGCUAGAAAUGGAGACACCCGUUGGUGUGGUUCUGGCUACAGAGAGAUAUGGCAGUGCACAAUUCUGGAAGUACAUAGAGAGGGAUGGAGAGUUGGAGAGGAAGAAGGAUGGGACUGAAGGGGAAUCAGGAGCCAAUUCUGUAGUUGGACUUUUUAAAAGUGUCUUUCUGCCUCAAGGCUACCCAGAGAGUGUCAGUGAUGACUACCUGCAGUACCAGUUUUGGGACACUGUACAGGCGUUCUCCAGCUCUCUGUCAGGAACCCUGGCCACUCAGGCUUCCCUGAAAGGCGUUGGUGUGGGAAACCAAGCAGCCACUGUAGCUGGAGCCACGAUUACCUGGCUAUUAAGAGAUGGAACUGGAAUGCUGGGAAGAAUUCUCUUUGCUUGGAGAAAAGGAAGUAAACUUGACUCAGAGGCCAAAAAGUGGAGACUGUUUGCUGAUGUUCUCAAUGACAUUGCAAUGUUCAUGGAAAUAUUGGCUCCUUAUUUUCCUGCCUUCUUCACUUUAAUAGUGUGCACUGCAGGGAUAUUCAAGUCCAUCGUUGGUGUGGCAGGUGGUGCAACCAGAGCUGCUCUAACUGUUCAUCAGGCUCGCAGGGACAACAUGGCUGACAUCUCUGCUAAAGAUGGGAGUCAGGAGACGUUGGUGAAUUUGGCUGGACUGCUGGUCAGUUUGAUACUCAUCCCUCUCGUCACAGAUAAUCCAGGACUGACUCUCAGCCUCUUCUUCCUCUUCACCAUCCUUCAUCUCUUUUCCAACUACAAAGCUGUGCGCUCGGUUGUCAUGGAAACCUUCAAUGAAGCACGGAUUUCCAUUGUGUUGCAGCAGUACCUGACGGACAAAAGAAUUCUGAGUCCACUUGAGGCCAAUCGGAGGGAACCCGUUUUCUUCCAGUGGAGAAAAACCACUUCAAUCAAGCUCGGAGUGAGGUUACAGGAUGUCGUUCAGAGCCCAGAAGAACUGAAGCUGGCCUUAAAGGGAAACAGUCUGCCGUUCCUGUUAGGAAUCAGAAACGGCUGUGUUUGUGUUUGCUUGGGAGCAGAAGCGUCAGUGCAUGAUGAAAUCAGAGCAGUGUGCCAGGCUGUGUGGGUUAGCGAUAUGUUGAGCUGUCCUGUGUCCAAACAAACUACAAAUAUAAAACCAAAGCAGCAUGGUUUCUGGGAGAUGGUGCAUGAGAGUCACAGGCUGAUGGAUGAAAAGUUCAAUCCAUUUCUGAAAGGUGUUGAAGCAGCAGGAUGGGACACAAAGCGAACUCUGCUGGACUGGGAUGAGUGGAGAGUCGAGUGGAAAACAAAAAGGAGCUGAACUGAUUCAUUGAUUUGUUUAACCACUUGUUACUUUUCACUUAUUUCUUAAACAACAGUAUUUGUAAAUGGUCAGAUUACAUGAUCACAUUGUACUCUCUGUGAUCCAGCCUGAAAAUAAAUGUAUAUUUGUUCA